AUGUCUGAACACGUCAGGCCGAGUUCAGUGAAGCCCAAAGAUUCCAGGAGCUCCAUCUCCUCCCAGGAACUCACCGAGGAAUGUGACCACGACAGGAACUAUAUAGAAAAGUUUGUUAGGGAGGAGCUCAGCCCCUCUCCUUGUUUGCUUCCUCUUCCUCCACAAAUCAUAGAAUCUCAUGAUUCUGAGGUCUGGAUAAGUUCAGGGAAUAAGGAGGAUUCAGAGAGCUCUGUCUCUGACAGCAGCACCCUAACCCUAGCAACAAAGAAGGAAGCGCCCAAAACUUGGGAGUUUGUAGAUGGCCUUCUUAGGGAGAACUUAAGGAGUGACAAAGAUUCAGAGAAUUCUGUCUCUAGUAAGAAGUACAAGGAAGAAAUUAACUCGACCCUGCAAGAGGAGUUUGAAAACAAAAACUGGACUAACGGGGACAAUAUGGAAGACCUUCUUAGGAAGAAGCAGCUUCUCCCUCCUCCUCCAUUACUGGCACCGUAUACUUCUCCUGCCUGGCUUGCUCCACCAGAGUCCCACACCAACACUGUACUGACUCAGGGUGGAGUUCAAGAGCACAUGUUCAGGCUUCCACCGCCAACAUUUACCCAUCGUGCUCCUCUUCACGCUCAUCCGCCUGUCAUCCGUGCUCCACCAGCGGUCACCGUUAACACCAACGCUCCAUUCAGUCUGGGAGCACAGCAUGAUCACAUGUUCAGGCCUCCACCUCCAACAUUUACCCAUCACGCUCCUCCUUCUCCUCUUGUACUGCCAGACUUACAACAGAUGAUUAUCCGACCUCCUGCCCUGCCAGCAGGAGGCGUUGACACUGAUCAGGUUUCUGUGUUCUUACUUUCAUUUCGGGUCAGAGACAAGCGGGACGUUGGCCGACCGUAUGUUAAAAAGCCACCAAACGCCUUCAUCCUUUUCCUGAAGGAGAUUAGACCAAAGGUGGUGUCUGAGCUCAAUAUCAGCGGAAGUGCUAUGGUGAAUAGAUUUGUGGGAGAAAUGUGGAACUGUUUGCCAGUCGAGGUGAAGGCCAAAUAUUUCGAGAAGGCCAGACUGGAACAAAAGCUCCACCAGCAGCAACACCCUGAUUGGUCCGCCAGUGAUAACUAUGGCAAGAAGAGGAAAGGGGUGAAAAAUAAGACCUCAGAGAGCAGCAGCAGCAGCAGCAGCAGCAGCAGUACAGCCUACUCCGCCUCAGAGUCGGCCCAACACCACCGAGGGCCCAAAGCAGAGACUGAUUGA